AUUUGGUCUGUCAAUCACAUGCGAGCAGAGACAGAAGACUGAGAACACUGCAGUUCACUGUAAGCGUGAGGAAGAGCAAGAGACGUCUACACCAUGAGGGCCUGUGUCUUCCUACUGCUGGGGCUGCCUGUACUGAUGGCUCAGCACAUUCUUGAAGAGGAUUAUCUAGAUCCAUUUGCUACAGAUUACGGACACCAGACAGAGCUCGAACCACAGUCCCAAACAGGACAGAUAGUGGGACUUGUGCCGGAACCCACAGAGCCUGGACCACUGGACUGCCGUGAGGAGAAGUAUCCCUGCACCAGACUCUACUCCGUCCACCAGCCGUGCAAACAAUGUCUCAACAACAUUUGUUUUUACAGUCUGCGCAGGAUGUACAUUAUUAAUAAGGAGAUCUGUGAGAGGACUGUUUGUGCCCAUGAGGAGCUGAUGAAAGCUGAUCUGUGUCGUGAUCAGUUCCCACGCUGUGCUGUCGCGGCUCUGACUGGUCAGUGUGGUAUGCUUGGAAGCAACUGCGAUAAAAGCUGCGGAAGCUGUUAAAGAGACACACACACACACACACACACACACACACACACACAAAUGUUACAUAAAAAAAAUACUGUAUACAAGCAAUAACUUCCCUCACAUUUGUUGACACGUCCCUGUUCAGACUCACACACACACACACACACACACACACACACACACACACACCUCCUCCUCUACAGAUGUGGUAUACACAUGAUGAAGAAUGAGUUUAUAUAAACCUGUAUUUAGAUUUGUACUCCUCUUUAUAAGCCUCCUGACUGUAUGACCUGAGUAGGGCUGUCUGUAAAACCCGAGCAGAAUCAGAGCAGGACCAGGUGCUCAGGAACCCAGUGCUGUAGAACCUGGUGCUCAGGAACCCAGUGCUGUAGAACCUGGUGCUCAGGAACCCAGUGCUGUAGAACCUGGUGCUCAGGAACCCAGUGCUGUAGAACCUGGUGUUCAGGAACCCAGUGCUGUAGAACCUGGUGCUCAGGAACCCAGUGCUGUAGAACCUGGUGCUCAGGAACCCAGUGCUGUAAACCUGGUGCUCUGGAACCCAGUGCUCUAAAACCUGGUGCUCAGGAACCCAGUGCUGUAGAACCUGGUGCUCAGGAACCCAGUGCUGUAGAACCUGGUGCUCUGGAACCCAGUGCUCUAAAACCUGGUGCUCUGGAACCCAGUGCUCUAAAACCUGGUGCUCUGGAACCUAGUGCUGUAGAACCUGGUGCUCUGGAACCUAGUGCUGUAAAACCUGGUGCUCUGGAACCUAGUGCUGUAGAACCCGGUGCUCUGGAACCCAGUGCUGUAGAACCUGGUGCUCUGGAACCCAGUGCUGUAGAACCUGGUGCUGUGAAGGAGGGGGAGGAUGGAGAGAUCCAGGAGCAGCUGCAGGAACUCUGUCUGAAAGUGUUACUGUAAAACUCCAUCACUUCAUACGGUCACGUGAGAUUGUUAUUAUUAACGUUGUGUUACGUUUGUUGAUGCUCAGCAUAUACCUGCUUCUCCUCCAUAUAUAAAUAUAUAAAUGUCCUGAUCCCAGAUCAGAUCUAUACCCAGUGUUCACUGCUCACGUGUAUAAUACAGCAGCAAACAUGUUCGAUUAUAAUCCUAACGAUACACACUGCAGCACCUUCUGAAGAGACACCUGAUCACCAUCUCCAUCAUCAACACAAUACUUCAUAAAUAAAAGAAAGCCAGUGUCACACACGGUGUACGUUUAUAAAUAAAAAUCCUUUAUUCCAUGAAA